AUGGAAGCUCUCUCCAAUUUAUUAAUGAAUGCAACACUUAACAGGAGUGUCUCUGGAAUCACAGUUUGCAGAAGAAGCCCGAUUGUUACCCAUUUGUUUUUCGCAAAUGACAGUAUGAUCUUUGGGAAAGCCCAAGGCCUGGAAGCUCGAAAAUCUGCUGUAUUGUUCAGUAAAAAUACUGGUGAUUAUGAGAGGGCAGAAAUUUGUCGAAUCUUGGGAAUCAAUAGUGGCAAUUGGGGUGAAACAUAUCUUGGCAUGCCAUUGGUUAGUGUGUGUUCCAAGCGACAAAUCUUUAGUAACGUGAAGGAAAAGGUGUUGAAGAAAAUCUCAAAUUGGAAGAACAAGUUGCUUUCCAUUACUGGGCGUGAAGUGUUGAUCAAAGCGGUGACUCAGGCGAUUUCUACCUAUGUGAUGAGUUGCUUCAAAUUGCCUAACUCUUUAUGUAGUGAGAUAGAUUCGACAAUUGCAAAAUUUUGGCAGGGUGGUACAGAAAAUGCAGCAAAAAUUCACUGGAAAAGUAGGAAUUCUAUGUGUAUCUGA